AUGGAGUACCCCGCGUUGGGCACCGUGCAGGCCACGGACAGCGGAGGGGUCCAGCCGUACCACAGCUCGGGGGAGCCGGAGGGUCGGGAGCCGGACGGGCUGCGCUUCGACCGCGAGAGGGCGUGCCGCCUGUGGGAAGCGGUGUCCGGGGCCCAGCCCCUGGGGAGGGAGGAAGUGGAGCAUAUGAUCCAGAAGAACCAGUGUCUCUUCACCAACACCCAGUGUAAGGUUUGCUGCGCCUUGCUCAUUUCAGACUCUCAGAAGCUGGCACACUACCAGAGCAAAAAACAUGCCAACAAAGUGAAGAGAUACCUAGCAAUCCAUGGAAUGGAGACAUUAAAGGGGGAAAUGAAGAAGCUAGACUCAGAUCAGAAGAGCAGCAGAAGCAAAGACAAGAACCAGUGCUGCCCCAUCUGUAACAUGACCUUUUUCUCCCCUGUCGUGGCCCAGUCGCACUACCUGGGGAAGACCCACGCAAAGAACUUAAAGCUGAAGCAGCAAUCCACUAAGGUGGAAGCUCUGUCGAAACGCCUUACAAACCCUUUCCUUGUGGCCUCCACCUUAGCCUUACACCAGAAUAGAGAGGUGAUAGACCCAGACAAGUUCUGCAGCCUCUGCCACGCAACUUUCAACGACCCUGCCAUGGCUCAACAACAUUAUGAGGGCAAGAAACACAGGAAACAGGAGACCAAGCUCAAACUCAUGGCACACUAUGGACGGCUUGCAGACCCUGCUGUCACCGACUCAGCUGGGAAGGGCUAUCCGUGCAAGACAUGUAAAAUAGUGCUGAACUCCAUAGAACAGUACCAAGCUCAUGUCAGCGGCUUCAAACACAAGAACCAAUCACCGAAAACAAUGGUAUCACCUCUGGGCCAGAUUCCAAUGUAA